UAAAAGCUUAACGCACAACGAUGUGUAAAUCCUAAGAGUGUACAGCCAUAUAUAAUUUCAUGUAUAAACAUUUAUUAGUACAUACACUCUAAGAAAGGAUGUGUUAAUUUUUUACACAUUGUUUUGUGUUAUUUUGUGUUGAUUUUGUGUUCAAAUAAAUAAAAGGGACAACACAAGAUGUGUUAAAACAACACAAAGUGUGUUGUUCCAAAAAUAACACAGAUAUGUUGCCCUUAACUAGACACAUUCGUUUUAAGAAUGUAACAAUGCAAUUUCCAAUUUCCAAAAAUACAAACACGUAUGACAAUAAAUUUGUAUUUAAUAAAUACAAUAAUACAAUUUUGGGAUUUUUUAUUACUUGUGUCAUGCACGUUUUGUUAAACAAUUCAAGUUGUGCCAUCCUGUGCCAUCAGGGCAGAUUCUCCGUUGCCUCUCUCCUAUAGAGUCAGACAGUGUAAGUGUACUUUAGACUCUAGAGGUCUCCAUCCUUUAGCAUCCACACAAAGCACACUGUAAAUUCUUCUGCAUCAGACCGAGAGAGAGAGAGAGAGAGAGAGAGAGAGAGAGAGAGAGAGAGAGAGAGAGAGAGAGAGAGAGAGAGAGAGAGAGAGAGAGAGAGAGAGAGAGAGAGAGAGAGCACCAAGCAACGGGAACCUGAGACGCGCGUCCUCUGACAGAGCGCACGCACGGGAACUUUGGCGAUUUGACGGUGAAAGCGAUGGAAACGUCCUGAAGAUGAUCUUCAGUCCUUGAUGGUGGAUUCAUGUAUCGACUCAUUCAGCUAUGCUGUCCCUUCGCUCGUCUCCUUAUAGAUUGCUGAUCCCUGUCCCCUUCUUAAGUUCUUCUGCUCUGCUUUCUCUUGUUUUAUGAUUGAACACUCGAGUCCGUUUGAAGAAAACCAGGACGCAUUGUUUUCAGUCUCCAUACCAUAAAGGACUUCCAGCUCGCGAAGGAUUCGUGAUGUAUUCCUCACAUCGCUCCUUAUUCCUUUUGCUGUUGAGUUUGCUCUCGGCUGGAGCUCAGACCGAGAUGAAGCGGGUUGUUGGAGACAACGCCACGUUGCCUUGCCAUCAUCAGUUCUGGCAGUCGAAUGGGCAGACAUUGGACAUCGAAUGGCUUCUACAGAAACCUAACGUCAAACAGCGUGUGAUCAUCACAUUCUUCAACAAUGAGGUCUACACCAAUGACAACCCUGCCAGUAGGCUAUCUUUCGCAGGCGACUACCUCAACGGAGACGCCUCUCUUCUGAUCGGCGAUCUGCAGCUGACGGACUCCGGUGAAUACCACUGCAAGGUCAAAACAGGUGGUAAAUACCACUGGAGUCAAGUCAACCUCAUUGUGCUGGUGAAACCAUCUAAGCCCCGGUGCUGGAUGGAGGGUAGGCUGCUAGAAGGCAGUGAUGUCAAACUGAGCUGCAAGUCUUCUGAUGGGUCAGACCCCAUCCGUUACAAAUGGGAUAGAGUCCUGGAUAAAGGCAAGAGUUUGGGGAAACUCCCCCCUCUCUCCCUCAUUGAUCUGAAGAACCCAGAGGUUGUGACCUUGAGGAACUUGACACAGGACAGCUCAGGGGUCUACAAGUGCACCGCCAGCAAUGACGUAGGGGAGGAGAACUGCAUCAUCGAGGUGACAAUGCAAUAUGUGAGGGGUAUGGGUGUGGUGGCUGGUGCAGUGGUUGGCGUUUCGUUCGGCGUCCUACUCCUCAUUCUCAUCAUCUGGCUUGUCUUCCGCAAAAAGGAGAAAAAGAAAUAUGAAGAGGAGGAGACUCCUAAUGAGAUUAGGGAAGAUGCAGAAGCCCCUAAAGCCAAGCUGGUGAAGCCCAACUCCCUUUCUUCAUCCCGCUCUGGUAGCUCACGCUCUGGUGCAUCCUCUACGCAGUCCAUGGUGCACAACAGCGCCCCCCGAAACCAACGUCCACGGCCACCCGCCGUCGUUGCCCUCAAGGAAAAUGGACAACCCCACAGCUUUUCCCAGUCUCCCCCGGCCUACACGCAGGUGGUGCCCAAGACCCCAGAACCCCCUGGCACCCCAAAAUUCAGACCCCCUAACCCUUCAGUAAACAUGACCAUUCCUGCAGGAGUCAUGGCGCCCGCUCAAAGCAAGGCCUUCCAGACAGUGUAGAGGAAACCCAACCUAUAUGGGAAACCCACAGUGACUCUUCCAAAAGUUGCACCUACGACACAAACAUACUAUAAAAAAACUAUAAAAUAAAAGCAUAAAUAAGUAUGUAAUUCAAAAUAAAAUCAAUCAUAUUAAAGCUAAAAAGUUGAAUGCAUAUUUACAAAGAGGAAUAUAAUACGUGCUUGCCCCCUUCUGAAGUUUUAAAAUAAGAGAGGAAAAUGUUUAGUCUGGUUUUUCCUUGUUUCUCUCUCUUUCUUUUGAUCACACGGCGCAAGCAGGCCUUUUUUCACUUUUUUUUUGAAUUCUUAAAGCUUUGGAAGCGUUGUGGGCAGUGGGGUGGAAUGAUUUCCCCAAGUGCAGUUUAUUUAUUUAUUGAAUCAAAGAGGCUAAAGGACCAAGUGCAGGCUGGGUUUAUGAAACACGAUGUAGAGGCGAUAAAGGAACGGCCAGAUCUCCAUCUAAAGAGAAAGGAUAUUAUCUGAGAGCUGCUUGUUGCUGAUAGGAAUAUAUAACCUGUUCAUACUUCCACGAAAUUCCUAUCCAUCGUUUCCCAGAAUGCACUGCAAACGUUGGCCCCGGCCCCGGUAACCACUAAAAAGGGGGACACAUGGAGUGGCUGGAAAAAAUGACUUGAAAUGAGACUUGACACAGAAAGACUCGGACACUUCAAUGAAUUCGCUAAUUGGUUGCACCACUUUGCCUGCAGUACUAUAGUGCGCUAGUGUUGUGCUCCUCCAUGCAUACUUAAUUUAGGUCAUUGUCAUAGUUUUAAUAGCAAACGCACUUGCUUUCGGCCGAGUUUUAGAGUGCACAUUAUUCAGAAUUCAAUUAUGUUUGGCAAUCAUGGCAUCAUUACCAUUUGUGUGAUAAUUAAAUGAUGGAGAAGAGCAUUAUUAUUAUUAUUGGCAUAUAUAGACCUGCCAUAUAGUGUACAUUUAUUAUUUGGUGGUGCGAUGCUGUACAGUCCCAGUAAAACAUUAAAGUGGAGGACUCCUGCACUGUGCAAAAUGUAUGCACCCCUUUUUUGCGGGGAGGGGGCAGGUAUGUUCUGUUACCUUAUUUGCAUUAUUAUUUAAGUGAAUGGUGGUACGCAACGCAGGCAGCACAUGCUAAAUACACUGAUCUGUACUCUUUCACACUCAUAUAAGUAUUUGCAGUCAAAUUUGUGUAUAGUAUGAAGUGCAAGGUUUGGGUUUGAACUCAUUGGAAAGCUUUGCUUCAGUUUGUAUUUGUUACAGCUUUAAUUUCAACCAAAAUCUGUCAUGAAUACUAUGAAUGUUUUCUUAAGACGAAUUUGUUUUUAUUCAUUUUUUUAUUCUUUAUACCCUGCAGUCAUACAUGAUAACAUAUAAGGCACAAGUAACUUUUAAAUAUAAUCUCACAAUACUGUGGACACUUAAAAGAAAAUGACAUAACAGGGACUUCUCUACUGAACACUUCUGCAUCCUAGUUGGGAGGCCGGUGUGGGUUUGCUUACAAAACGGUGCUAUAUAGCACCAAAAGUGGUUCUUUGCUCGUAAUCAUAGAAGAACCAUUUUUAGUGCCAUA